AUGGCGAGUAAUAAUCUUCUCCACAACGAUCUCUUCUCUUCAUUGAUUUCCGACAUCAAAACCUACACUGGCAACGACCCUCUCCUCCCUUGGCUCCAAGGGAUUAGGAAGAUGAGGGAGUCACUUCCUCCUCGGCUUCUCAGAGAGAAACUCCCUCGGUUUCUACAGAAAUGUACUCAAACCUUCGAGAACGAUCGUCGUUACGCGAACGAAUUGCGUUACCUUCGUGUUUGGUUACAAUUGAUGGAUUUCGUUGAUGAUCCAAAAGCAGUUCUAAGAACCAUGGAGGCUAAUCGAAUUGGGAUGAAGAAGUCACUGUUUUAUCAGGCCUAUGCUCUUUAUUAUGAGAAGAUGAAGAAUUUCAAGGAGGCUGAGAAGAUGUAUCACUUGGGAGUGAAGAAUCUUGCAGAACCUGUUGACGAGUUGCAAAAAUCCUAUGAGCAAUUCCUUCAUCGUAUGGAGCGGCACAAAAAGAAGAAGAUUCUGCAACCAGGGAGAAAAACUAACAGGCCUCCAGCUGCAGGGAGUAUCCCUCUCAACUGUGCUCAGGCUAGCGGAAAUGAUGAGAAUACAUGCAGAGUUAAAGGUGGGCCUACAGGGACCUGGCUCAAGGACUCUUUACCUGAAACACAGCAUAAUUGUGCAAAUUUUGAGAGCAAGAAGAUAUUGACGCGUAGCUCUGAGAAUGAGCCGCCAAUGAAGGAAUGUGACCUGACUGGGGUUGCGUUAAAUGAUCCAUCUCUUAAGAAGGGAGUCACAGGAGACUUUGGAUGCAAAAGUUCUUUCAAGCAGCAAGAGAGUAUUGAAGCAGAAUCAGAUGAACCUAGACACUUUCAAAGUGGUGAUACAGUUGUGGUUAAGUUUGUUGAUACUGCCAUUGUUGAAAAGUCUAAUGCAGAAGAUGCACGUCAUCAUGGUCUGGUGGAACCUACAAUCAACACGAAAGAGGCCAUGAAUGCCAUAAAUGACAUGUUUCGUGAGCCUUUAGAGCCAGCAUUUGUUGGCAGAAGAUCACGUAAAAGCCAGCCCAAACCCGAUCAGAGCUUGAACAAUGGAUUUCAGGUGUUCAUUGAUGAUAACUUAGGCAAUGGAGUGAGAUCAUCAAACCAAAUAUGGGAUGACGAUUUUUUACAGCCGCAAUUCAUCAGAUCUAAAACUCACGAGCCUCUUGAAGUACCACUUCAAAUAUAUGUUGAGGACGAGGAAAGCCCUCAGACUAAGGAAAGAAUCCAUGAGAAAGAGCAAAAUGAGGUUCAAAUCCUGACAGAAGGUGCUACCAUUUCCAGUGGGCAUGUGAAUGCUUUCGUGUUUCCAAGUCCAAAUGAUUGCCCUUCAGAAUGUUCCAAAGAACUAGAUGUGGAGAGGUUGCCUCAAGCAAGACAUAGAGAGGAUACAGUUGUUUAUCGGUUUGUAGGCUCCACUAUUUCGGAUGAGCCACAGGUGGAAAAUGUUUGCCACCAUGGCCUUGUAGACCCCACAAUCAACUUGAAGGAGGCUAUGGAGGAUAUAAAUAACAUGUUUGGGAAGCCAAUAGAAUUUGCAAGGAAAACUCGACCAAAGAAGCAGGUCAAAGCAUUGGAUAGGAAGAAAGAUUGUGGUGAGUUUUUGAUACUUCCGGAUGAUGAUUUGAAGCACCAGCUCGAGAAAUUCCAGCCAUGCUCAUCUGCCAAGAAGGAAAGUGAUUUGUUUGAGCAGACUGUGUGUACAAAGGAGGCAAUGGAUGAAAUAAACAAGAUGUUUGGAAUGCCAUUGGACUUCUGAAAGCAUUACAACACUAAUCUUAGCAGCAGGAAUGGGCUCAGCUCCAGCCAGAGACCACUUUCCAAGGUGAUCGCAGAUCUGGCAGUAGACCAUGCCCUCCACAACUACAUCUACAUGCUUUUCCACAGUUGUGGUUGGGGUCUCUGCGGAAGUGGCGAAUGAGGGGAAGGCCAGUGGAAGGAGGAGAAAAGAAAUGAGAAUGGUGAGUUGGGUCAUUGCCAUCUUGUUGAAUGGUGGGUUAGUUAGAGGUUUAGAGACUUGAGAGAGAGUUUGUUUCUGUGGGAUGUGAGAAACAUUGGAGGGAUGGAGUGGUAUUUAUAGUUUUGUGUUGUGAUGAUAGUUGGUGUGUUGUGAAAUUUAGAGACUGUCGU